AUGACCGUAUCUUCCCCUCUGCCCGCCCCGCAUAGGCGCGCAGCUGUGCUGCUUCCGCGCCCCUCCAUCCGUGCCUCAGGAAUUCGCUCGCUUGCCUUGGGCUCGCAGCUGCUGCAGCCCGUUGCGGCGGUGUGUGCGACCAGGCGUGGGCUGCUGUCGUCUUUUCUACCAGUGCACCUCGCCUCGCCUGCCUCUCAGCGCGUGCGCGUUGCGCCAGUCCCCGUCGCGGCGUCUCCCGCGAUGACAGCCGCCAUGGCCUCCGCGGAGGCCGCCAAGCGGCCGUUCGUGGGCGACCUGGGAGUGCGCAGCGGGUUCGUGGACGCGGUGGGCAACACUCCCCUCAUCCGCCUGAACCGCGCAUCACAAGAGACCGGCUGCGAGAUCUACGGCAAGGCGGAGUUUCUGAAUCCGGGAGGGUCAGUGAAGGACCGGGCAGCACUGUACAUUAUCAAGGCGGCAGAGGCGAGUGGCGAGUUGAGGGAGGGCGGAGUGAUCGUGGAGGGCACGGCGGGCAACACGGGCAUCGGGCUGGCACUGGUGGCCAACGCACGCGGGUACAAGACAGUCAUUGUCAUUCCAGAGACACAGAGCCAGGAGAAGAAGGACAUGCUGCGCAUUGCAGGAGCCACGCUGGUAGAGGUGCCAGCAGUGCCGUACAAGAACCCCAACAACUACGUCAAGUACUCGGGCAGGCUCGCUCAAGCCAUUGCCAAGACCCAUCCAGGCGGUGCCAUAUGGGGCAACCAGUUUGACAACACAGCCAAUCGCCAGGCCCACUAUGAGACAACGGGGCCGGAGAUCUGGGCGCAGACGGAGGGGCGAGUGGACGCAUUCAUCUGCGCCAUUGGCACGGGCGGCACCCUCGCUGGCACCGGCAAGUACCUGAAGGAGCGCAAGGCGGGUGUGCGGGUGGGCAUGGUGGACCCCAUGGGCGCUGCCAUGUUCAGCUACUACAGCACCGGCACUCUCGAGGCCCACGGCUCUUCCAUAUCAGAGGGCAUAGGGCAGGGGCGCAUCACAGGCAACCUGCAGGGGUGGGGGCUGCCCGAGAGGGAAGGAGGAUGCGUUGACUUCUGCUCGGUGCUCGCUGCUGCCGCACCCCAUGUGUACCCUGCGUGCCACAGCACCUGUCCCUGCUGCUGCCUCCCCCCCCGUGUGCAACAGGUGGAGGAUGCGGAGGCGCUGCCAGUGGUGUAUGACCUGCUGCGCUACGAGGGGCUGUGUGUGGGGCUGUCAUCGGGCAUCAACGUGGCGGGCGCCAUGCGCCUGGCGCGCGCCAUGGGGCCGGGCCACACCAUCGUGACGGUGCUGUGUGACGUGGGCACGCGCUACCAGGGCCGACUCUUCAACCCGCCCUUCCUCACCGCCAAGGGACUGCCCCUCCCCGCCUGGAUGGACAGCGGCUCUGAACCUGCUGUGGCCGUGCCUCAGGUGUUCCAAGAGGUGGAGGCGUGA